AUGCACUUGGUGCCAGCCCAGCAUUGUUCUCCCUCCCACCCCACCACCCGCCUCACAGGCACCAUCACCAUGGGAACCGAGCCAGCCAAUCAGAACACUCCCUUAAAGGGGAGCCUUAUAAAUUGAGCCUCCUCUGCCCAGACACACCACAUCCAACACUGAGAGGCCUCCAAACCCCUCCCCCUGGAGAAACCAAGUCAGCCGCCCCCUACUUUCCUCCAGGGUAGACAAGGGGAGUCUCCUGCCUGGAAUGCUCAGGGCCAAGGUCCAGGUCUACAGCCACCCAGCUUAGAGCUCCCUUCCCCCGCGAGGCCAUGCAAUGACACAGGAGCCACUCAGGUGCCCCUGAGAGAUUCUGGUGGUGACCUGGGAAAUACCUGGAGCCGCGAGAGCAACGUGCCGCUGAGCCCGCAGCACUCCAGCCUGGAGAGAGGCAGUGACGUCAGUCGGUUGAGCAGCGGGUACGCGGGGGAUGAGGAGAACAGCGAGGUCAGCCUGCUGGGAGGCAGCAGUCGAAUCGUGCGGUUGAACAGAAGCCUCCGCACCCAGGCAGGCGGCGCCCAGACCAGCCAGGUUUGCGCCACCUACUCUCCCAACCAGUUGAAGAGCCGGCUAGCCAGCCAAGCUGACAGCACCGUGCAGGCUGGAAGGGAAAACCAGGCCAGCAGCUACCAGAGCAUCAGGGUGGAUGGCAAUGUGCAAAGUGGGCUGCAGAGCAAUACCAGUCUUCCGGGGGACAAAGCUGGGGGCAAUGUGAAUGCUAGGGACCAGGUCGCCAAGGGUGAGCAGCCUGCCCAGUGUGGAAAACUGAUAGAAGGCAAGAAGGGAGGCGAGAAGACUGAUAAGGAGGCAGUCACCAUCGUCCGGAUAAAAGGAGACGGGGGUCUGCACUGA